AUGGGUCCCAGAUGGCCAGAGUCUGGGUUUGCAGUGACUGGGCAUCUGGGCAAGGCACACUGUGCUAGUGGAGCAGAUGUGAAGGCUGCACUGGAGAGGUUGAUUAUUCAUGCUGUUUUUUCUGUUUUAUCUCUUGGGGAACACUGGCAGGACCCACACGACUGUCUUCCAGAAGUCGCAGUCACCCGAGAGCAGUUUCACCACUAUCGAAAUGUGGCCGAGAAUGCCCAGAGCGAGCUGGCGGCCACUUUGGUCAAAUUUGAAUGUGCUCAAUCGGAGCUUCGAGAGCUCCGGUCUAAGAUGCUUUCUAAAGAAGCUUCUUGUCAAGAGUUGAAAGCAGAAAUGGAGAGCUACAAAGAGAACAAUGCCCGGAAGACAUCUCUCCUCGCUUCUCUGAAAGACAGAGUUCAGGAGCUCGAGGAGGAAUUAGUAGUACUUUCCAAUUCUAAGACCAGAAUGGAAAUCACAGCUCACCGUACUGUUAAAGAGAACCAGGAGUUAAAAAACAAAGUUAUAGGACUACAGGAGAAAUUACAAAAGUGUCUAACAGAAAAUGAGGAGACAAAGAAUCAAAUCUCAAAUUGCUGCAGGAGACACCAGGAGUUUCUAGUUCAGCUUCGAAACAGCUUGGAUCCCAGUGAGAAUUCAGAAGCUUCCGAGGAAGAAUUGAUUCUAAAGCUUCGAGCGCUGCUUCGGGAAGACGCGACGCUGAGGGCCCAGGUCGUGGCCCUGGAGGAGGCCAGCGCGGCGCAGGAGGGGGCGGCCGAGGCGAGCAGGGCGACCUUGUCCCGGCUGGCGGCGGAGGCCGAGCGGGGACAGCGACAGGCGGCCGCCGGGGCGCAGGAGCGGGACCGGCUGAGCCAGGAUUUGCUCCAUGCUAUUGAGGCAAAGGAAAGCCUGGAAAGGGAAGCAAAAGUCCUCCAAGAAAGAUUAUUUGCUGGCCAGCGGCUCUGGGGGGCCUCGAAGCAGGAGUUGAGCCUCCUCAAGGAAAGUUUCUGUGAGCUGGAGAAGAAUCUGAAGGCCAGCGUAGACACGGCUGCUGUCUUCCAGAGCAAGUACUCCUCAUUCCGGGAGAAGAUCGCUGCUCUCCUGCAAGGGAGCCUGGACAGGGUUGGGACCACAGAAGGUGCCAUUUUGGAGAAAAUUCAAGAAAUGCACCUCCAGGAUGAGAGCAGGAGAAGGAUGGUUUCCCAGCUUGAAGCUCAAAUUUCGGAGCUGGUUGAACAGUUGGGGAAUGAGUCUGGAUUUCACCAGAAAGCUCUCGAGAGGGCCCAGAAGGCAGAAAACAAGUUGGAGAUGCUUCAGGGUCAGCUGAUACACCUGGAGGGAGAACUGGUUUCCAGAGACAUUUUGCGAGACAACUUGCAUUUUGAGAAACAAAAAUAUCUUAAAUUUUUGGAUCAGCUUUCGGAGAAAAUGAAACUGGACCAGAUGGCAGCUGAUCUUGGCUUUGAUAUGCGUCUGGAUGUAGUUUUAGCUCGAACGGAGCAGCUGGUCCGUCUAGAAAGCAACGCUGUCAUUGAAAAUAAGACAAUCGCCCACAAUUUACAGCGGAAGCUAAAAACUCAGAAAGAAAGACUAGAGAGCAGAGAGCUUCACAUGAAGCUUCUUCGGCAGAAGAUCAUCCAGCUGGAAGAGGAGAAGCAGGUGCGCACAUCGUUGGCCGUGGAGAGAGAUGAGGCCCAGCUCACCAUUAGGAAGCUGCAGAAGAAGACUGAGAGGCUGCAGAAGGAGCUGAGUGAUUGUCAAGAGUUCAACACUGAGCUCAAAGCCAAGUUGAUGGACACCAGUGAGCUGAAGAUUAAAACUUUGGAACAGAUCAAAACCAUUGAAGACCUAAAUAAAUGCAAAGACAAGCUGGAGAAGAUGAAGGAGAAAGCUGAGAAAAAGCUUUUGACACUGAAAUCAGAGUUGGAUAGCACUGAGCAUGAAGCUAAGGAGGAUAAAGAGAGAUCCAGAAAGAUGAUCCAAGGCAUCACCAGUGAAAUGAAGACCCUAAAGAAAUCUCUAGAAGAAGCAGAAAAGAGAGAAAAGCAGCUGGUAGACUUCAAAGAGGUGGUUUCUCAGAUGCUGGGCUUGAAUGUGAGCAGACUCGCUCUCCCGGACUAUGAAAUCAUCAAGUGUCUCGAGCGACUGAUACAUUCAUAUCAACAUCACUUCGUUACCUGUGCCUGCCUUCAAAAUGUGACCAGUGGGGGAGAGAAACAACUGAAAGACCUAUGAAAACUUCUCAAUGG